ACCACCCCGCGCUCCCCGUUUCGCACCACCCCAACUCCGCAGCUCGGCUCCCUAUAAAAUCACACGCCCGGUCACGCCACCACCCACCCCAUUCCAUUUUCCGUUCCGUUCCACCAAGACCACCGCGCUGCUUCCUUCGCCAGCCAACGCGCCGCCCGGAUCGGAGCCACCAAGGUUCAGCGGGAACAAGGAGAUCGUGAUGGCAGAGGCCGGCAGCGCUGCCGCUUCGAGCGCGAGGGGCCCGUCGGCGUCGUCGUCGGGGUGCCGCGGGGGGCGCGGGUGCGGGCUGGCGCUGGGGAGGCUUGUGCGGAAGCUGCGGCGGCAGAGCCGGAUGCUUGUGUGCACGGCGACGGCGGCCGGGGCGCGCCACGGCCACGCCGCGUCGUCUUCGUCGUCCGCGCGGUGCCUCCAGUACGACGCGCUCAGCUACGCGCGCAACUUCGACUUCGGCACCGCGCUGGACGGCAGCGACGGCGGCUACUCCUUCGCCUCACGGUUCGUGCUCGCCGCCCCGGCGCGGCGGCCGCAGUAGAGGAAGACGAGGCCAGAGCGGAUCGGAGGCGCCAACACGGCCGGUUUAGUAGCUAGUGCUGCAAGUACUGCUAGCUCAUUAGCCUGCCAUUGGCGCGUUAGCAGCUGGUAGCUAGAGUCGAUCAGUUCGUUAGGUGCAGUGGUUUUUGUACUGUCUCUUGUAGCAGGUGGUUGUGUUUAUACGAGAUGUGGUGGUGGCUGUAAGAGUUCCCCCGGCAGGCAUCCUUGACACCUUUUUUCACUUUGGUUGGGGGAGGGAGUCAGAGGAGGAGAUGUUCUAAAGAUUACAGUGAACAAGAUGGCUUUAAGGUUCAUCUACAAUUUCUAAUCCUGAUUUUCUUAAGAUUUA